AUGGAUAGCGACGACCAUGUGCAAGUACGGAGCAGUGGAUGGAAGCACAUUGAAGACCUGCGUGCAGCUGUCCAGGCCGCCAAGUCUCAGGACAUCAGUGAGUCGCACAUGAAGGAGGCGCAGACGCUUCUGGCAGCACUGGUUGCCAGAACGCACGAGCUUCCUUCCGAUCGCUGUGUGCUAGAUCCGGAUGGGGAAGGUAUUAAGCUGCUGCCGAAAGGCCACCAACGAGCUGUGUGGCCAGUUACAGGUGACACCUACACCUUCGAGCAAGGCUCCUCUCAAGGAGGCGACAUGGGUGUCGACAUUUUGCCUCCAAAGGAAGUGUUGGGCGAUGCGGCCGUGGAUGAUGCCCGGCCAGUGUGUGCCGAAUGGGCAAAAUCUUCACGCUGCAAAGCAGGUCGCGAUUGCCCAUGGCGGCACUGCCGGCCGCAGGCUGGUGACUCCGUGCGUGAGUGCAUCCUGUUUGAUAUGUGA